UUAUGUUUUUCUCCAGCCUCAUGGAAUUGUGAGGAUGUCCUUCUCAUUGCAGGGGCAGAUUUUAAGUCAUGUGCCCUUCCUGUCCUCAGGUUCCCACAAAGUGAGUCUGUCCUCCUGGUACCAUGACCGAGGUUGGGCCAAGAUCUCCAACAUGACUUUCAGCAAUGGAAAACUAAUAGUUAACCAAGAUGGCUUUUAUUUCCUGUAUGCCAACAUUUGCUUUCGACAUCAUGAAACUUCAGGAGACCUCGCCACAGAGUAUCUUCAGCUGAUGGUGUAUGUUACUAAAACCAGCAUCAAAAUCCCGAGUUCACAUACCCUGAUGAAAGGAGGUAGCACCAAAUACUGGUCAGGGAAUUCCGAAUUCCAUUUUUAUUCCAUAAACGUUGGAGGAUUUUUUAAGCUACGAUCUGGUGAGGAAAUAAGCAUUGAGGUAUCCAACCCUUCACUACUGGAUCCAGAUCAAGAUGCAACAUACUUUGGGGCUUUUAAAGUUCUAGAUAUAGAUUGAGUCCCAUUUUGUGGAGCAUUAUUCUGUAUGUCCUAGGAUGUAUGGAAAAAAAUUUUAAACAAGCCAAGAAAGAUGUAUAUAGAUGUGAGACUACUAAGGGGUAUGACCCACAAUGGUACAAGGAGACUCUUUCCAUGCUUUUGACUCUGUAGCGAGCAUGUGUAUUUACAGCCGAUGGGAGAUGUUGGAGUAAAGUGUGUUACAGUCUAAAGGCUUUCUUACAUAAUGGCUUUUAAAUUUUGUAAUGAAUUCCUAAAAUUAUACCAGAUUAGAGCAAUUAUGGUUGCCUUUAUAUGAAAGUGCAUUUGGGCUAUGGGAGGGGUUAAUUCUCUGGAUCUAGCCUGUAGUUACGUGCCACUUUGCAGCUCACGUGGGGAGGGUGUCAUCUAAUUGCCAAUGGAUGAUUGUCAGAAAGGUGAAGUUCCUUUGAAUUGUUACAUCAUGCUGGAACCUGCAAAUAAAUACUUUUUCUAAUGAGGAGAGAAAAUAUAUGUAUUUUUAUAUAAUAUCUAAAGUUAUAUUUCAGAUGUAAUGUUUUCUGUGCAAAGUAUUGUAAAUUAUAUUUGUGCCAUAGUAUUUGAUUCAAAAUAUUUAAAAAUGUCUUGCUGUUGACAUAUUUAAUGUUUUAAAUGUACAGACAUAUUUAACUGGUGCACUUUGUAAAUCCCCUGGGGAAAACUUGCAGCUAAGGGAAAAAAAUGUUGUUUGCUAAUAUCAACUGUAUUAUACUUCUUUACUCUUUUUAACUUAAUAGAUUUUUCAGACUUGUCAAGUCUGUGCAAAAAAAUUAAAAUGGCUGCCUUGAAUAAUAAGCAGGAUGUUGGCCACCAGGUGCCUUUCAAAUUUAGAAGCUAAUUGACUUUAGAAAGCUGACAUUGCCAAAAAGUAUACAUAAUGGGCUACUGGAAUCUGUCAAGAGUAUUUAUGUAAUUAUCGAACAGGUGUUUUUUCUACAAGUGCUGCAAAUUGUAAAUUUUGUGUUUUUUUUUUUAAUGGAAAAGUUAUCAGUGGCUUACCAGCAAAAAAAAAAAAUCCCAUUUUUAUUAUAGUAGAUAUUUUAUACUGUACAGUAAAAACAUUGCCUUUGAAUGUUAAUUUUUUUUGGUACAAAAAUAAAUUUAUAAGAAGA